UCCAGAGAGCCCGACAUACCUUGGCUUCUCGCUCUCUUUCCUCCGCGGUCGGGGUCCGCUUCAUGCUGCCACUCCAGCCGCCUUCGCCACAGCUAGUCGCGUAGAUUCCUGGCUCCCGAAGCCCCCCUCCUGUCUGUAGUUCUGUCGCUAACCUGCUCUGGUCCAGUACAAUUCACCCUCAGCAACUUGAGAACUACUAUUCCCAGGAUGCACAGCGGCAAUGCCUGAAAGCGCCACGGGGUUUGAAGCACGAGAAUUUCCCAGCCUCGACAGCUGGACGAGAGUAGUCCACUCCACGAAGAUCUGAAGCAGGAGGGCUAGAGGAGAACUACAUUUCCCAUGAGGUAUUGGGAGAGGCUGCCAUGUUUUUCCCGUGCUCCUCUUGGCCAGCCGCCCCACACAUUGUGGGCGCUAUAGCAACCACAGCUAGCGGCAGGGAGAGAGUAGCGGCCAUGUCUGGUCCAAGUGAUGAGACUGCAGGAGACCUGCCUGUGAAAGAUAUAGAUCCAAACCUCUUUGGAAUGGGAGCGAUACAAGAAACUCCAACACGAACAAUGAAGUCUCGUCAGGCAGUGUCACGUAUCAGUCGCGAGGAACUGGAAGACAGAUUUUUGCGUUUGCAUGAUGAAAACAUUUUACUUAAACAGCACGCCUGCAAACAAGAGGAUAAAAUUAAAAGAAUGGCCACCAAGUUAAUACGCCUGGUUAAUGACAAGAAAAGAUAUGAACAGGUUGGUGGCGGCCCCAAGCGGUUGGGGCGCAAUGUGGAAAUGGAAGAAAUGAUUGAGCAACUGCAAGAGAAAGUUCAUGAGCUUGAAAGACAAAAUGAAGUCCUUAAAAACAGACUAAUUUCAACCAAACAACAACUUCAAAUCCAGGGUUACAGGCAAGCACCAUACAAUUAUGUGAGAUCUCGUGUUAAUACAGGGCGUCGAAAGGCAAAUGAAAAUGCAGGCCUAAAGGAAUGCCCCAGGAAAGGUAUUAGAUUCCAAGAUGUAGAUGUAACAGAAACCUUGCAACCCAUGCUUACUAAGUAUGAUGACACUUUACUUGAAGAAGCCAGAGGAGAAAUAAGAAAUUUAGAAAAUGUGAUUCAGUCACAGAGAGCCCAGAUAGAAGAGUUAGAGAAUUUGUCUGAGAUCCUGAAAACUCAGUUAAGGAGAAAAGAAAAUGAAAUUGAGUUAUCUCUUCUUCAACUUCGAGAACAGCAGGCUACAGAUCAAAGGUAUGGCAAAACAGAAAUAUCACUUUGAUAAGGUCAAAAUUAG